UUGCGGUUUGUUUGUCAAUAUACAGGGUAUUAAUCUACCAAAACAUUUCAAGGAGCCAAGAAAGUUUGAUGCUUUUGUAUGAUCGUGUCUUGGCAUAAGGAUCUAGCAGAUUAUAACAGUUGCAGGACAAAUUUGUGUUACAAACAGUCUGGGUUUAACAACAAUCAGGUGGCGUGUAUUGCUAGCUAUCAUCAUGGAAGAUGCAUCGAACAAACGGCACAUAACAAGGCCGGUAGCUGUUCGUGUGCCUCGACUCCGAAAAAGCAAGAGCCUCGGGAAGAGGAUGUUUUCCGGGAGCAAUUCGAUGUAUCAGGAUCCUUUGACGAACCGAGCUCUCCGAAUUGCACCGUUGACGACCCGUUCGCGGAAACAAUCGAAACGGGCAACCACUUUGAGGACACAGUUUUCACGAUAGAAGAAGUUGGUGUAGAGACGGAAGACAUAGCCAAGUAUGAGAGUGAUGAAAUUGAAGACGAUGGCGAUAUUGUUGGUUUAAGAACAAAUAUGCGAAAAACUAGUAACGAGGUAGAAUCAGGAAACAGUCUGAGCAUUCCGAACGGACCCCACCGCCUUGGUAUAAAAGAUCAGACACUCUGUCUACAGCUAAUACAGCUUAUCAAGCACCACCCGGUCAUUUGGAGCGCCACUACUCAAAGAGGCACGAACUGCAGCCGGCGGGCCGAUGCCUGGCGCACAAUUUCAAAUAUAAUGGGAAAACCGGAAGAGAUGGUUCGAAAAAAGUGGCUAUCGCUUUGUGCCUACUUUCGCAAGGAAAGGAGAAAAGUUCGAUGCAGUAUGAUAGCGGCAGCAGCACCCUCCAAUGUUUAUGUUUCAAACUGGUUCGCGUUCGACAGUAUGCAAUUUCUUAGAAGAGCUAUCAGAAUGCGCUCUCUACGACCCACAUCGAAAGUGGCGAGAAUAAAAGCUACCGCCAACCAUCGAUCGACAAAAGCGUUAACCGGCUACAAAACACCACCUACGGAACAACAAUCAGUGUUUAAACAAUCACAAACUGCAACUACAAACGGUGCUCACGUGAAACUCCAACCAAGCACAUCUCGCACCGAACGAACGGUGCCUGACGACGGUUACGAUGCCGAUGCUAUGCUUAAAGUGAAAACCACAAACAAAAAGGAACCCAAUCGUGAUGAUCGCUUCGAUGAAAUAUUCACCUCUAUCGGGCAAAGCUUGGAGGCGAUAAUUACGAACCUAAACUCUUCCAACAGUCGUAACGUAGCGAUGGGAAAUCUGGUUACGCAAACGCUCGAUGGACUACCCGACGCCGAGCAAGAGGAGCUUAUAAUGUUAAUUAAUGAAGCUAUAUACAAAGUAAAAACGGGCAGAGUUCGUUAUAUGGGAAGAACUGAUUGUAUAUAAUAUUAUUUUUUGUAAAGACAAAAUAAUAAAUGACGAUAAUGAUCUUAUGAAA